AUGGCAAACGUGGACGAGACUAGCGAGAGGAUGCAUCGACGGAAGUUAAGGGUGUACGCAGGGCUCAGGCUUCCGAGUCUGAGCAUCUGGGCUAGGGGACGCGACGUCGGCAAGCCACAGGCUAACGACAACGCGCUCCCCGAAUCUGUCCAGAUUGGAGCAGUGUGA